AUGAUUAUUGUAGACUUUAAUUCUUCUUUUCAAAGUAUACCCUAUCGAUGCUCCAUGUUCAGGUGGAUCACAUGUACUUGCCAGCGACCAUUUCAUUAUCGACGAUCUAUUAUAUAUCCAUUAAUUACAUUUAUGAUAACAACUGGUCUUCUAUAUGGACUUGUUGAACAUUAUACAUUCACAACACAUUUUAUAAGUUCAUCAUUUUAUUCGAAUUCUACUUCUUUCAAUUUACAAUGUAAAUUAAGUAAUGAAACAAUACGUGCCAUUAAUUUAGCAUCGAAUGAUUAUUGUAAAAAUCUAUUAAAAAAUAUUUCAUGUAAAAUUGAUUCAAUUUCAAAUUUUUUUCCUAAAUCAUUACCACGUUUUUGUCCUAUUCAAAAAGGGAAUUUUGGUGAUGUUAUUGGUUGUGCAUUAAAUGAUGAGAAUUCGACACAUCAUAUAAACAAAUCACAAAUAUUCGAUAGUGAUAUUAUGUGUAUUGAUUAUUGUUUAAAACAUAGUGUUUCAUUUGCUGAAUAUAAUGAAUUUACUGGUGAAUGUUAUUGUUUAUCAACAUUUAAUAAUCAACAUCGUUUAAUAACAACUAAUCAAAAAUGUACAGAAAUAAUUUUCAAUAAUGAUAAUCUAAGAAAAAAUUCUACUACAAUUUAUCGAACUAGUUUUAUUGAUUUUGGAAAUCAUCUUGAAAAACGUCGUCAAACACAAAAUAAUACUCAAACAACAAUUGUUUUUUUUCUAACAGUUGGUGGUAGAAAAAAUCUUCGACAAAUCAAACGAUUAUUACGUGCUAUUUAUUCACGACAACAUUAUUAUCUAAUACAUGUUGAUAGCCGUGAAAAUUAUUUAUAUCAAGAAUUAUUAAUAUUAUCAAAAAGAAUUUCAAAUAUUCAUUUAACUAAUAAACGUUAUCCAACAACAUGGGGUGCAUCAACAUUAUUAACUGCACAUUUAGAUGGAUUUAAACAAAUAUUUGAUGAAUUAAAAUGGAAUUUUUCUUUUGUACUUAAUUUAAGUGAAACUGAUUUUCCAUUAAAACCUAUUCAAGUUUUAACAACUUUUCUAUCAAUGUAUACAUCAUAUAAUUUUCUUCGUUCACAUAGUCGAGAACCAUAUAAAUUUAUUAAAUCUCAAGGACUUUUUCAUACAUUUAUUCAUUGUAAUGAUUAUAUGUAUCGAAUUGGACCAAGAUCAUUAAUUCAAAAUAUUAUUUAUGAUGGUGGAUCUGAUUGGUAUGUAUUAAAUCGUGAAUUUGUAUAUUAUGUAACAUAUGGUAAUGAUGAACUUAUAAAUGGUCUUCGACAUACAUUCAAUUAUUCAUUAUUACCUUGUGAGAGUUUCUUUCAUACUGUAUUAAGUAAUAGUAUUUAUUGUGAUACAUAUAUUCGAAAUAAUUUACGUCUUGUACAUUGGAAUCGAGAACGUGGAUGUAAAUGUCAACAUAAAAAUGUCGUAGAUUGGUGUGGUUGUUCACCAAUUAUUUAUAGAAAUAUUGAUAAAACAACAUUGAAUGAUACAAUUGAUAAGCCUUUUUUUUUCGCUCGUAAAUUUGAUCCAACUAUUGAUGAAACAAUUCUUGAUUGGAUCGAUGAAAAAAUCUCACGACGAGAUUUAUCUAAUAGUGCUUUUUAUUUACAAAAUAUUUAUCAUAUAAAUGAUGAUACAAAUAAUUUAAAUAAUGUAUUAAAAUUAAUCGAUUCUUAUGCACGUACAAUACUUAUUGAUUAUCAAGAACAUCGACGUAAUUGUUUUCGUGAUGAUACUAUUCAAUUAGAACAAAUUCAUUCAGUAUUUCAAUUAAGUUUAUAUCAAGGUUAUUCAUUACAAUAUAAAUUUAAUGAUGGAGAACAAAUUGAAUUAUUAAUUCAAUUAAAUUUAUUAACUACUAUUAAUUCAAAACAGGUUAAAAGAUUUGAAAUUGGUCAAGAAUUAGAUAGUAAAGAAAUUGUUUUUAUUGAUUGCAGUAGAACAUUUAUUGAACCAAAAUUAGUCCGAGUUCUUAUUGAAUGGGAAUCUAUGACAGAUAAUAAUACAUCUUUAGUUAUUAAUAGUCCUAAUGGUGCUGUACUUCAACGAGUAAAACUUCAUCCAUCCAUAGAACCUCUUAUUAUUGAUAUAUUUUUUCCGGUGGUAUCUUCACCAAAUAUGAUUGGUAUAUGGCAAAUGUCAAUUGUUAAAGAAAAUCAUGAGAAUUUUUUAGCUUCAUUAAAUUUUCUUAUUUUAUUAUCUAAUGAAGAUCAAUCACUAAAUAUACAAUAUUUAACAAUAAUAAAAAAAUUUUGGUCUAUAUCAAAUAUGUGUACAACAAAAAUAAAUUCAUCUUUAUGUCAUGAUUUAUCAAAUCAAACAAAAAUAACAGCUAUUAAUGAUUGUUUUCAACAACGAUGGAGUUAUUUCUUUUAUGACAUUAAGUCAGAUUGGUGA